AUGAAUUCAGCAACAAGACCUAAACCAUGGGAAUCACAAGUUAUUCAUAAAGAAAAUAAUUCAGUAACGGAUCAUAAUUCUACAGGCAAUACCAAUACUACUAGUAGCAACAAUAAUAGUAGUCUGGUAUCUCCAGAAGUACCACCUUUACCAAUAGAUACUAAUGAUAGCCAAGUAGAUACAAAUAAUCAGCAAUAUGGUGUAGGGCCUUCACUUUAUGGAGGUGGAGCGUAUGGGGAUGUUAAUCCAGCAUCUGGAUUAUAUGGAAACGGAUUUUAUGGAAAUGGACCAUAUGGGAAUAGUGGACUAUAUGGAAAUGCUGGAUUAUAUGGAAAUAAUGGGAUGUAUGGAUAUGGAUUGUAUGGUAAUAGUGGAUAUGGAUAUGGGUAUGGAUACGGUCGUGGAGCAACGGGGACCGCAGCAGGGAUGAACGGUCCAGGUAUAAUUACAGAAUCAACUAUGGCCACUUUCCAACUAUUAGAAAAUUUGAUAGGUGCAAUAAAUGGCUUUGCACAAAUUUUAGAAUCAAGCUAUAUGGCUACAUAUAAUUCAUUUUUCACUUUAGUAUCCUUUGCAGAGGAAAUAUCAAGAUUAAAAGAAUUUCUUGGAUCGAUUUUCGGCAUGUUUAAUCUUAUAAAAAUGUUUAAAAAAUUAUUGAUUCAUUUCAAGCCACGCAGUAUUCAUCAAACUAAUGAAACUAAUUCAUUAGUAGAAGAAUUUCAACAUACAGUAAAGAUACGAAAUGGCAAUAAUGGUAAGGAAAAUAGAGCCAGGAAUAGAAGAUUGGCAUGGAAGCCAUUAAUUUUGUUUUUUAUGGCAGUUUUUGGAUUUCCAUAUCUGCUACAAAAGUAUAUUAAUCGACUACAGAAUAGCCAUAUUAAACAAUUAUUGUCCAAAGGUUUAAUGGAUGAACCUAUUGAUCUGACAAGUUUGGAUUUUGCCAGAGCCUUAUACGACUUUAUACCGGAAAAUCCUACUAUUGAACUCACUUUGAAAAAAGGAGAUUUGAUGGCUAUAAUAUCUAAGAAGGAUCCUAAUGGAAAAGAAUCCUUAUGGUGGAGAGUAAGAACCAAAAAAGGUGAUGUUGGGUAUGUACCAUCCAAUUAUAUUGAAAUAAUCAAAAGAAGGUAA